AUAAAAAAGAUUUCCGUUUCUCAGUUAUCAGCUUGGAACCAUCCUCCCCAAACACAAAACAAUAUGCAACAGUUGUUACUGCGAUGCAACUGUCAAAACGGAGCUUUUCCGAGACCAGUAUGUACACACACUGGGGGUGGAGGGAUUAAGCUCCAAAGUGCUUGCUUCGAGGCAGUUUUUCCCUCGAGUUUAAGGCAGCUCAUCCUAACGCAGUUAAAUAAAAUCCGGGGAGUUUAAUUUUUAUUUACGAAUCUCCCCUUGCCUGAUUCGCAGUAUUGGGAUCGCGCCUUCGAGAAAUCUGAAGUGAUUAAUAGAAUAGAAUAGUGUAAUUGUUCCUUCUAUAAUUUAUUUCACUAUUUUACAACCAAAUCUCUAAUCAACAGUUGCGAAAAACGCAAGGGCCACCAAAACGGGUAAUUCAGAAUGCACUACCUUCCAAUCGACUCCAUUGCCUUGAUCCCUAGUCGUUGUCCUGUGAAAAAUCGAUUCCAGUUAUCCUGCGAGUUUGUGCUGUCAAAUUCCCGAGCUUUUGCUAUCCUUCUGCAUUGAGAAUAAUUUUGAGUGACUUGACGUGAAUUGACAUGAAUUGCGAGUAGUAGACUCGUGUUCGCCAGGAUCCUCGCAUGAGCCAAGAUGAUUGUUACCUCCGCUUCUGGACUGGAUAGCACUCCGACGCUCGGCACCGUCGAGGUGACCACGCUGCUGGGCGCCUUUUUCGGCGUCCUCGUUCUACUGCUCCUGUUGUUUCUCUUCAUCAGUCGCAAGUGCUGCUUUCACUACCGCCAUGCCAUCAACUGCUGUGACGAGCGCCACCUGGCAGUCAAGUGCGUGCAGAAAAUCACGCGAAAGAGACGUUACGAGAACACCAGCUCCGACUCGGAGGAGGACAUCUUGCGGCGCCUGCGGUGGCACCAACAGCACCAGCUGGGCGAGAAGCCUGGCGGAUACGGGCUGGGAAUCAGCCAAGAUAAUCCGCUGACGGCACAGAGCUUCAGCUACCACCAGGCAGGCGUCGGUGCCGACCUGCAGCGGGUGACGGUGACGGGUGACCCGUUGGCCAUUGCUGAGCGUGGCAAAGUUGGAAUCCCGUCGUCGCACAGUGAGUGCAGCUCGAACGACUCUAUGGAGGUCUCCGUGGAUAGUCAUAUAGGCUUCCUGACGGGCCUGAGCAAAGCCACAACCACAGUCCCUCACCCGGCGACAGCCUUCCGCAAUCCGUGUGCAGAACACCGGGUUAAAACCCAGGCUCUGAGGUAUCAGCACCGGGUCGACGUGGCUGCUCCGCCCAAGCUGGACAAGGAAAGGGACAACGUGCUGGUUAAUGACUACAGCAUUAAUAACAACAACUCGAUUACGACCAGCAAUAACAAUCCCAGCAGCAACAACAACGAUGACGAACCCCUGUUUGACACCAGCGACUUGCGUUCGAUCAAGUCGGAUGACCUACUGGUGGGGGUGGACCAGAAGGAGUCGCCCGUCCAAAGAGGUCCCAUCGAGCUUGAGCUGUCGCUGCUGUACGACGCCCCGAUGCGGAAAAUGACGGUGCACGUGAUGCAGGCCAAAAAUCUUCCGCCCCUGGGUAGUGGGCAGACAACCCAUACGCAGGUCCGGAUGUUGAUGCUGCCGAGCAAGAAGCAGAAACUCAAAACCAAGAUCCGCAGCGGUGAAGUCCCACAGUAUAUGGAGAGCUUCCUGCUGCACCGCGUUAACCCAGAAGAUGUGAACAACAUGGGGCUGCGUGUGCGGCUUUACGGCUGCGAGCGACUGCGUAAGGAACGCCUGAUUGGGGAGGCGUAUGUGAGCUUCGCCACUGUAGACCUUGAGCUGGAGACGAACCUAUGGCUGCCACUGGAGCCCCGCAACACCUCUUCGGGCCUGGGUUCUACCAGCGAUCUGUUGAGCCUGGCUCGGUCAGAAAGCGCAGGCUCCACCUCGUCCAUGCAGCACGGGGGCGUCUCCGAGUUGCUGCUGGGCUUGAGCUACAACGGGGUCACCGGGCGGCUGAGCGUGGAGAUUAUUAAGGGCAGCCAGUUCCGUAGCUUGUCGCUGAACAAGGCGCCCGACACGUACGUUAAAAUGGUUAUGGUCAGCAGCAUCGGACAAGAGAUCUCCCGGGCCAAAACGUCAAUCCGCAGAGGUCAGCCCAACCCACUAUUUAAGGAGACAUUCGCCUUUCAGGUGGCCCUGUUCCAGCUCAACGAUGUAACUCUGAUGAUCUCCGUGUACGCAAAGCGGCACAUGAAGAAGAACGAGAUGGUCGGCUGGUUCAGCCUGGGGCUGAAUUCGUCCGGAUCGGAGGAAGUGGCCCAUUGGGCAGACGUUUGUGAGAUGCCUAAGGGCGAGAUGCUGGCGCGUUGGCACGUGCUGGUGGACUCCUGAUUCGAGCAGCUGGGCCAGUCCUCCGGACGCAGCGGAAAGGCCCUCCGAAAGCUGGGUCUCGCUGCAUUCAAGGACCGGUCCCGCGAUAAGGACUCCAAGGAGUCGCGCCUGGAGAAGGACGGAGCUCAAUUCCAUGCUGACAACGCGGUCGCACUUGAUAUUGAGCCAGGCCUGGAGCUGGACUUUGUCUAAAGCAGAGUUCGGUGUUUGUGAUUUGUUUUUACAAGGGUCGAUGCCAAAUGACGGCUGCCGUUGACGAGUGCUUGGCCCGGGAUGAGACCAACUUCUUAGUCGGUAGGGUCAUCCGAACAAUCUAGCCCAGACUGGGCAAAAAAAUAUUUGUAAUUUGAAAUCAAUUUGGCACACAUUUUGUUCAUAAAAUGUAUGAAAUAUAAAAAAAUGAAAAGGAUUAACCUAGAAUAUUCAAAUUUUAUACGCACUGACACGUAGAGUGCAUACCAGUACAUAAAUAACUACUCGAAAUUUGAAUUUUAUGAUUGUUUGUGAUAAAGAAUACUAUAUGAAAUACCAAAGGGCCGAAAAGAGCGUAUUUAAGAUUUUGAGUGCACAUUUGUGCAUCUGUACAAUCUACGGAUGAGUGACGAAUUUUUGUAAUUUACCUUUCUGCAUCUUAUAUUUAAAUAUUAAGCCAGGCAUAGGCUGCCCAAAGUCUGUUGAGACUAGCACUUUUUUAUUACCAAAAUAUGAAAACCGAAAACACAUUUGAACAUUUGUAGCCAUUGCAUAAGUACAUAUAUACAUCAAACCUGCAAUUUACAUACCUUAACAAACCUACAUACAUAUGUAACUCUUGUUUUUUUGAACAAGAGCCAUGCGCAUGUUCCAGUUUUGAUAUUCAAAGAAAGACAAAAGUAUCGGUACCUUAGAAUUUAAACGCACAAAUACAUCUUCUACAUAAGAAGACAAGUUGGAAAAAUGUUGGCAAAAAUAUUAGGAAAUCUGCGAAUGCAAGCAUGCUAAAUCGCGUGUGGGGCAAGAAAGGGGAUUUUAUUAGAGCUUUAUUUCUAUUUAAGGAUCGGACUAAAGAACACAUAUUUAGGUCCUCCGCUGAAGAAUCAGAGGAUCGUUGAUAGUCAUUGCAGCUGGAUUUUUCAAGGACGAAUGAAAUGAGAGCACUUUGGUUUUGCAUUGAAGAGCAUGAAUUACAUAACUUUAACUUAUAAAAGAAGAAAACUUAAAGCUUUAAUAAAUAUUUAAACAAUUUGUUUUUAAACUCAAAUUAAUUCGAAACCUAAAAAAGCUAAACUAUUAAGGUAUUGCCAUGCGCAUCCAACGUAAUAUUAAUUUGUAUGUUAAAUAAUAGGAGAGUAUUUUGCAAUUGAUAGUAUUUAUAUUUUAAAAAUCUGUAUGUUUUAAGUGUCGAAUAUUUUAUAACCGCAAUUCGAAUGAAUGUGUGUUCCUUGUUACUAAAAGGCCAUAUAUAAACUCUCAUUAGGGAAGGAGAGCGAUGCUAAAUCUAAUCAACUAAUCGAAAUCGUUAAUGUCGGUAUUAUACAUUUCUAAAUUCAAUAGUACAACGGCGGUUAGCCUUGACUCAAAGCGCGUCAUUAUUGUCAGGUGUUUAAGUC